CAGAUGUAUCUUGCUCUUUCUAACUUACAAAUACUAAAUCCUUUCAAAAGAGACAGACAAACAAAAGGAUGCAAAUAUAAAGCUAUGAAGUGGAAUGUCUCAAGCGGAAGUGGACAGACUUUUAGAGGCACAGAGACGCAAAUAUGAACAACAGUUAAAGGCAUCGCGAGCUCAGGCGGAGGCAGCAUUGGCGGCGGCGAUAGCAGCCGCGGGGUCGCCGACUGUGACGUCAGCGGGGUCGCCGGCUGCGAUGUCAGCUGGGUCACCCGCUGCCACAACACCUGUGUCAGCCUUUGCGGCGGCCACAUCGAGGGUAUCUACUGCGAAGGCGGCAAACCAAAAAGAAAUCGACGACAUCAUGGCGGUGCAAAUUCAGCAGCUUUUCACCCAAGUAUAUGGACCUUCGACUAGUGGUGUUUCCGCUGAGAAGAGUAAGACGAACCCUGGCAGUAGUUCAAAUAUUUCAAGUUCCCGAGCAACGAACAUCAACUUUAAUAGCAAAAUAGCAACAACAAGCCAUAAGGUCCCUUCUACCGCCAAUUUGUAUCCAAACCUUAAUGAAGCCAACGCACUAAGUCCACUGGGUUCUGCACCAAAUAAAGUUCAAGAGGACUUCGUAUUUGUUAACAUGCAAAGAGGCAGGAAUGAAGUUAAAAUUUCACCUAGCGCAUCGCCGCACUCUACGCCACUACCGAGUGCACCACCACCACCUUAUGAAAGAUUUCCAGCCCACGCAUCACAUAUAUUCACCCCGAUUACACCACCAGCUUAUCAAAGAUUUCCAGGCAGCGCACAAUCUACACCACCAUCGAGCGCACCGUCAUCUGUACAACAAUUCAAGAAUACAUCAAGAUAUAAUGCUUCAAGGUGUGAACCCAGCGCACAACCUAAGCCAACGCCGAGUGCUAAAUCAGCUUUUCCGCAGCACAAUAAAACAACAAAACACACAGCUAGAAGGGCUCGUCCUUCGUCGAACGAAGAUGAGGAACUAAUCUGUAUCACGUGUGAAAAUAAAUUAAGCUUGGAAAUAUUCAUGUGCCCAAAUGAACACAGCGCCUGUAAGAAUUGCAGAGAGAGACGUGCUAAAUGCGGACGUUGCCAGAACCUUAUUACUGAUAUGAGGAACGUAACUCUUGAAGCUUUUAUCGCUGUUGUAAGUAAGAAACAAGUGAGUUGUCCUAAUAAGAAAGAUGGAUGCAAGUUUACCUUCAACUCCGCUGACAUUGAUGCUCAUAUGAAGGAGUGCAUAUUUAAUGAAUUGAAAUGCCCGCUUUCAGACAAAUGUUACUGGAAAGGAAAAAUUCGCCAGAUUGUGGAGCACUUCGACAAUCAACACCCCGAAAACCGCCAAGGUCACGUCGACACUGAGUUAAAUCUUCUAGACAUUGAAAAAGAAGAAAUCGUAUUGCACCUGAUCAACUUGGGUCCAUUUCACUUUCUAUUGUAUCUCAAAACUGACCCUUUGCAACGUAUUAUUUACGUUGCUGCUCAAUUACUCUGUUCAAGUAAUACCAGCGCUUCGAAAUGGAUAUAUGAAAUUCAAGUUUACAACAAGCGAGAGCCUCGAAGGAAACUUACUUAUUCAGAUAUUUGUCACUCGUAUUCGACUCCAAUAGAUCAGAUAUUCAGAGAUUCAAAAUGUAUUACGAUUUCAAUGUCUUAUGCCAUGACGUAUUUCAGCGAAGGAACUUGGAAUUACAAAUUUUUUCUGAAGAAGGAUCCAGAGAAAGAAAAUAGGGGAGAAAGAGGACGUGAUAGGAGCCGUGGCAGGAACCGUGGCAGAAACCGUGGCAGGGGCCGUGGGGAUAGUAAUUAAUUUUUUUUUACCAAAAGUACACCAUUUUACAAAAAAAAUGCACGUAACCUUAUUUAGUCAGCAUGCUUAGAAGAUAUAUAAGGCGCUUGCAAGCAAAUGCUAAAUUAAACUUAGGAUACCUAGUAGAUAUUAAUGAAAAAUGUAUUCAAGACUUUACGUCUUUAAUGGUAUGGCAUUUUAAGGACUGGCACCCAUUGACGAAACGUUACAGCAAAUGUGAUGAAUAAUAAUAUGCCUUAAUUGUAUGACGUUAUAGUUGAAAUUUUAAUGAUAAUGGUCGUAGCUGUAUAAUGGACGCAGACAAGACAUGUAGUAGACGGCAUGCUUCGGCAUGCCUAACGACGCCACGUCAUACCUAAGGAUACCGCGGUAUAAUUGCCGUCAGAGUGCGCUAACAUGUAGGGAUGCCGAAGUCCUUGCAGUGUUUCCCGUCAAUGGGCGCCGGGCCUCAACUGGCGGCUUAUUGUACAGUAUACCUAUUUUCUUAGUAUCUCUUGACAAUCUUCGGAUUUCCGAAUGCACACGAAUUCAAAUUUCCAUGUAUUGAUUCUUCUGUAAUAAUUUUAAUUCAGAACAUUACUGCUGUUGUGUUUUGAUUUGUGAACUAUAUAGAACUAUACUGUAUCCCUUAUUGUAACAUUUUCUACUUUUGUAUGACAAAAAAUUCAUCUUAAAGUGUUUUCCAGUUGUUAAUCUUUAAUUCUCGUAUAUUAUUUAUCUGCUCUUCAAAAACAUGUAUCUAAAAUAAAGUAAUAAGUAGUAACUACGCCAACGACUUCCAAAUCGAUUAUGAAAUGAAAAUGCAAAUGAAAGAAAUCCAAUGCCGAAGCACGAAGAUUGCUAAGUGAUAAAAAAGUUAUACUGUAUGAAAAUGAUUAUUUUACCAUUUUGAUUAUUACAAAAAAAAAAGAUAAAUGCAUACAUUUUUAUUACUCUAGUAUUUUAAUAUAAGCUGAUGACGUUAAAUUAGUUUCGGUGUAAUAUUGGUACACAAGUUUGAUUAAUAUGAGUGUACUGUGGUGCAUAUGUUUUGUAAUUAAAUGUAGCGUACCUUACUUAACGAUUCCUCCAAUUAACACUACGCCAACUUUAGUUUAGGUUAUUUUUGUAAACAGAAAUAUUAUUUACUAAUAUUAUGCUCCCCGAAUUUUGUGAAAAAAAAAAGAAACAAAAUUAAUUUUGCGAAAAGAAAGUAAACAAAAACAGGUCCAAAAAUUAAGUUGGCAUAGAGGUAUCGAUAAAUAUUACUCAAGUUUUAAAACCGAGACGGCCAGUAUUUAAUACGCCACUGAUUAAACAAUUAACGUACCUAAUUAUAAAAUAAAUUACAAUAAAUAGUUUUUAAAUGAUGUUGGACAGCAGACUUGUCGACCUAACAAAUGACAGGGACAUUAUUAUUUUGAUUGAGAUGCCAUUACAUUGGCAAAUUUUGUUAAUUAAAUAAAGACGAAGCGAUCGCUGCGAUCGCUUGUCUAUUCACCAAUGAAGGGCACUCCAAUUCCUGUCAAAUAUAUAAGGUCGUCAUAGUCAAACAUUUAGGACGUCCUAUAUGACUAUAUUCUUUUCCAUUUGUCCUAGUGCACGCGGGACGGUAUAAAUGACCUAUUCCUCAAUGAAGGGCUCUCUAUAUUGCCUUGUGAAUAAGUUAUCAAAGUUCAAACAUAUAGAAUGUCCUAUAAAAUUAAGCAAUUAUGGAACAAUGGAGUAUUUGUCAUAUAUACGGCAAAUAUGUAUUCGCGAGACGAUAAACACGUUCCGACAUGUGUUCUAAGCCAUGAUAGCCUGAUGGUAUGACCUACCGUCUCUCAAGCAGAGACCGUAGGUUCAUAUCCGGGCUCGCACCUCUGAGGUUCUCGGAAUUUAUGUGCGAAAUUUAGUUUGAAAAUUUACCAUGAGCGUUUCGCUCAAAUAAAACAUUGUUGUAGCGAAACCUGUGGUUCAAAAACAAAUGGCGGGUUUUAAUAUUUACAUUUUUCACACGAAUUAAUUUUUAGUUUAUGUAUAUUACGUUGUGCGUUUCUGAUUAUUUGUUACCAUUAAGCUGAUGGCUCUGAAGCCAAUGCUUUAUAAAUAAAUAAUAAUAAUGAAACUUGUUCACAACCCUGGGAAAACGUGAAAUCCCCAACGCAUUGGGCCAGUGUGGCGGACUACGGACUAUACUCUCGCUGGAGAGGUUACUAUGUGAGGAGACAUAUAAAAAGGGUUGAUGAUGAUGGCAUGUCAUGUGUCUCCAUUGUGCGCUCAUGCUAGAAACCGUGACUACUCCAGAGUAGAUAUGAGCGCCGAUAAUUGACCCUUAAACGAAUUUGUAUAACUGUGUUUGUUUUUACAAAAACCGUUAUACAAACACUUUAAGGGAAAAAAUAAAAUAACGUAUUUGCUACAGUAAUUAAAUUUUUAUCAGUUUAAUUAGGGCUCCGAUCGUACGCACGCGAACGCUUCCAUAUUGUGUAUGCGUAGUGAAAAAGGCGACGCCUAAAUUGACAACUUAAUGUUAUAAACAAAACAUCUGCGAAUAUAAAGUCACUUUUUUAUCACAAAGUUUUAUCUUAGAAAUGUCAAUUUCUGGUCGAACGCCUGAUCGAACUGAGAUGAACGGCGCGCCGAUUGCAUUUGACGGCGGCGGCGCGCCGAUUGCAUUUGUCGGCGGCGGCGGCACGCCGAUGCGGCGCUCUUAUUUACUCCAGAGUCACGGCUGAAAUUAGUUCAGGCGGGAGGUAAGCAUGAGCUUAUAUGACACUUUUAAAUGGAGAAUGUGAACAUAUAACUGUAGUUUAUUAAGUAAUUUUAGGUACAAUCGAUAAUGUUGUUACUAUAAUAAUAAGGCAUUUGUACAUAAGUGUUACUCCCUGUCCUUCGAUAUGUAGGAGGAGU